UAAAUGGGGCCAAAAGAAAAAGAAAAACAGAGAAACAGAUGGAGGAGUUCUAAGACUAUAGUAAAGAUAUUUUUGUUGUGUGGGUGUUAGCUAAGCAUCAUAAAAAAUUGAUCUUUCCCGUCACUCUCAUAAUCUCAACUACACAUUUGUUGUUGUGCUCUUUCUUUCCCAGCUUCUGUCAUGAAAUCAGAAAUCAGUUAAAAUCCAGUCAAUAAACAACAACAAUGGUAAAAGCUUUUACCUCCAAUACCAGUCUUCCGCCAUGUAAUUCCUCUGAACCACCACCAAUCCCAUUUCAUCCUCAAUUCCACCUGAAACCCAGCACCCGCCGUCACCUUAUCACCUCACUUUCCAUUCUAAUAACUCCAUUUUUCGCUUAUCCAAAGCUUAAGUAUGACCCACUUAACCCAUUUUCUUUACCAGUAUCAAAUGCUCGAGGGCUUUUUCAAAUGCCACCUGUUCGCCUCACCAACCGGUAUUUUUUGGUGAGAGCAGGGGAGUCAGAAUAUGAGAGUUUGGGGAUAAUUAACACAAACCCAGUUGCGAAAACAUCUGUGGAUAAUGGUCUGUCUGAGAAAGGGAAGAAACAGACAGUGAGGGCGGCGUUCGAUUUGAGGGAAAUGAGAGCUUGUGAAGGAAGUUGUUGGAUUUGGCCAUCCAUUACUCAGAGAGCAUAUCAGGCUGCUGAGAUUAUCGCUGCUGUUAAUGGUGUCAAUCGAAGCCGUAUAGUCCCUGAAUAUAGUUUUCUGGAUGCUCGUGGAUUGGGAGCAUAUGAGGGGAAAAGUUUGGAUACAUUAUCUGAAGUGUAUGAAUCAGAUAGCCUUUCUCCGAAUAUAAAGCCACCCCCUACUGAUGAUGGAACACCUAAUGAGAGUGUUUCGGAUGUCUUUGUUCGUGUAACACAAGUUAUGUCGGUUCUUGAAACUCAAUACUCCGAGGACACAGUCAUCAUAGUCUCACCAGAUUCUGACAACUUGACAAUUCUGCAAGCUGGUUUAACAGGGCUUGAUCUUCGAAGGCAUAGGGAUCUGUAUUUUGGGCCAGGUGAAGUUAGAUAUGUUGAUGCUAGCAGCAUACCUACCUAUAAGCAACCUGCGUCAAAAGUUUAUAAAUGCUUAAAUCCCCCUAGCUGUACAUGACAUUGUACUCCAAGUUUGGAUUUUGGUAUUUUGCCAACAACAAUGCAGUUCUUUACAGGGUGGCAGCUAUAGAAAAUUUGUCCACAGGAACGUUUACUCAGUGUUACAUGUAAAUGUGAGUUGAUUCACUGCAAUAUAAAAUUAUUGUCGCAAAUGCUAAAUAUUUGUCUUUCAACAGGAUCAUUUCUCAUCAUUGUUGGUUAAGAUGGGCUCAGGUAGCUGUAUGCAUUUCCCAUGUCCAUGUCAUCAGUACUUAGUCUUGGCAAAGCAAAAGAAUUCUUUCUUUUCUGUUUGUAACCCAACAGAAAAAAUUGAGGUAGAAUUAUGUAACCGAAUGAAUAGUAACUUACAUCUUUCGUCUAAUGCGACUCGUGCUCAUUUUAAAUUUCUAUAUUGGAAUAUUUCAAUUGGCCUCUA